GGCUUUUGGGCCUAGAAAAGCUUAUCCAUUUUAGUAGCAAGAGAAAGAAGAACAGCUGAGCAUUCGUCUAUGCUGAGAGAUGAGCAGAGCAAUGGCAGCCAGCAUAGUACCUCUGUCUUUCUCCUUCAUUAACACCAAAGCCGCAGCACUACUUCCGGCAAAACGAGUCGUUUCUUGGUUAUCCCCUCCGUUAUUUCGACCAUGCCAGCUUCCUCAUCCAAAAAUGCCCAUUUUUGCUGUUGUAGAUGGAGAAGCAGUGGCGGUAGAGGUACCGGUGGAGGAGGAAGGUUUAGAUGACAACAGUGACGAAGACCACAACCAAAAUGACGGCGUUUCGACCCGACAAUGGAAUAAUCGAUUGUUACCGUGCAAGCUAUAUGUAUGUAAUAUUCCGAGGAGCUACGAUAUUCCAGACCUCAUGAAUUUGUUUAAGCCUUUUGGAACCAUUUUUUCUAUUGAGAUUUGUAGGAAUCUUGAAACGGGGUUAAGUAAGGGAUCUGGGUAUGUCUCAAUUGAAUCCAUUGAAGCUGCAAAAGCUGCCAUUGCUGCUCUGGAUGGCACUGAUGUUGGGGGAAGAGAGAUGCGAGUAAAAUUUUCGACUCACAUGAAUCCAAAGAGGAGGAAUCCAGAGCCACUGGACUCUGUUCCACUAGAGAAUAAAAUAUACGAAAGCCCUUAUAAGGUCUAUGUUGGAAACCUUGCAUGGUCUGUUCGACCUGAGUAUUUGAGAGACCACUUUAGCCAAUUAGGGACUGUAAAAAGUGCUCGAGUGUUACGUGAUCGUAAAGGAGGCAAGAACAGAGUUUAUGGGUUUCUCUCUUUCUCUUCAGCUGAAGAAAGGGACGCUGCACUAUCAUUAAAUGGAGAGGAGUUUCAUGGUCGGAAAAUAAUUGUAAGACAAGAGUUACAGAAAAAGAUUGGCCCUUCAAUUUAGGUACCAAAAGAAACAUAGUAGUGAAGAAGAAAUAGAAUGCAAGGCUAGCUUAACGUAGUUGUUUACACGUCCGUCCAUUCCCAACCCAACCACAGUUUUGUAUAACCUAUUCUAUAUUGAUGAGUUGAGUAGUUGUUGUUGUAGCCUCUUGUAAAUUAACGUUUUUUAACCAAUAUUAUUAUUAUGUUAAGCUGAGACAGAAA